AUGCCCGACUUUGGCAACGGCGCGCUCGACACCCCGCGAACAAACGUCGGCGACGCAACUUACCUUGGACAGCCCGACUUUGGCGACAUCACACAAGAAGCAUCGUUCCAAUCACCUCCAAAAGAUGGGAACUUACUACAACAACUUCGCAAUGGCCGCUCCAAUGGCAUUAAUCUUCGCACCCCACGCCAAAGAGGACCCUUGGCCGACCGACGAAAUCUUCCCCCCAGCGUAGGAGGUGCCGAAUUUACACCUUUACUCAAGUCAGCGACCAGAAAUAGCGUGCGACGCUUCGGAAAAGAGAACGGCACAGCAGUGCCAAAUACGCCCGCACUGGACAAGAUCGACGAGGGUGACUUGACACCGGUCCCUCGUGGCGACACAUCCAUAUAUAUGGGAUCGCGCAACCAGUCUUAUCUGGAGAACACCAUACCUGAGGUUGAUACAAGUAGCGCUACAUCGACCCCGUUGACGGUUCCCCGGAGGAGAGGCGGCGAUAAGGGACCCCUACAAGAUGGUAAUCAGCUGUCACUACGAGAACAGGAAAACGUGAUCGAUAGGAUAGAGAAGGAGAACUUCGGACUGAAGCUCAAGAUUCAUUUCCUUGAAGAAGCGCUCCGAAAAGCAGGGCCUGGCUUUAGCGAAGCCACCUUGAAGGAGAAUACCGAACUCAAGGUCGACAAGGUCACAAUGCAAAGAGAGCUCCACAAAUACAAGAAACACUUAACAACCGCUGAGAAGGACCUAGAGAGCUAUCGGCAGCAGAUGCUCGAGGUGCAGGAAAAGGCUAAGCGAAAGUAUGCCAACCAGAGCAACCAAGCCGAGAUGGACAAACUGCAGCGCCUAUUGGAAGACCGCGAAACAGACAUCGAGGAUCUUCAGCGACAAUUACAGCAACAAAAAGGAAGCAAUGAUCAGGUCGAAAAACUUCAAGACGAUAUUGGAGACCUCGAGGCGGACAUUCAGGAGAAAGACCAACAACUCACCGAACGCGAAGACGCACUAGAAGAUUUGAAGGAUCAGAUGGAGGCUCUGAGAAAUAAGGCCACAGAAGCAGAAGAAAGGGCCAAGGAUGCUCAGCGCAAGAUGGUCGCGCUGGAGGAGAAGGCUCAACACAACGAUGAGCUCGACGACGCCAAAGACACAAUCCAAGAUCUCGAGCACAAUAUUCGCCGCCUCGAGGAACAGGUCGAGGAUGCAAAAGCCAAGAUGGAAGAAGCUAUGGCUGAAAAAGAUCGGGCCGAGAAUGACCUUGAAGAGCUUCAGGAAGACAUGGCCAACAAGUCUGUGGCCACAAAGGGACUCUCUCGUCAGAUUGAAGAGAAGGUUGCGCGCUUGCAAGAAGAACUCGAUCAAUCUGGCCAGGAAUAUGCUACUUUGGAGAAGGAACACCGCAAGUUGGCCCAGGAAAACAGUUCCCUGCAAUCCGCUGCCAAUGAGCUCAGGAAGAGUCAAGAGAGAUUUGAUCGCGAGCGGGAUUCUUUGUCAACCAGAAUCGAGGAGCUUGAGGCCGAACUCAACGACCGUGCCGACGAGAGGAACAUACUUCAAUCCCGACAAGAUAGCCUACUAUCCGAAUCCAAAUCUUUACAAAGAGAAAUCGAGAGGCUAGAGGGAGAAUGCCAAGAGCUUGAGGAGGGCCUUGCAGAAGAAAGAGAACAUGCCCUCGAGAUUGAAAAAGACAUCCGUGGCCAGUAUAAAGCCGAGAUGGAUCGUUUGAAUGACGAAAUCUCUGAUCUCCAGGCUGAAAUUCGGGAGAAGGACAACCUUUAUGAUAACGACAGCGAAAAAUGGGAAACGGAGAAGCAGAAUCUUGAGUCAGAGCGCAAGCGCGCCGAAGAGAAAGCAGCGGGUCUACAAAGAACCAUCGAUCGCCUCAAAGAGGUGGAAGGCACUAUCUCAGACAAGGAGUCGAAGCUGCAAAUAGCCAUUCAGAGCGAGGCUGAGCGACACAGGAGCGAGGAAGGUCUUCUCUCCCGGCAAAUCGAAGAUCUUCAAGACGCCCUAGAAACCCGGCAGACACUCCUUACGAAUUUACGCAGUGAACUUUCCGCAGUUCGUGACGAGUUACGACAGACACAGAUUGAGCACCAGGCCCAAACCCGAAAGGUCGCCGCCUUGGAAGAUGAGGUGGACGUUCUGCAAACAACCCUCGACGAAGAACAAAACGCCGGACGUUAUGAAGCCGAGGCUGCCAAGCGAGAAUGUGAGGAUUUGAGAGAACAGCUCAAAUCCUUGAGGCAACGCACCAGUUCAUUCCAAUCAGCAUCGACGCAAGUGGUGAGUAAGGAGAUUGAUGACCUGAGAGAACAACUAAGAGAUGCGCGCAAGAGAGCAGAUAUGCUCGAGCGUGCUAGUCUCGAAACAGACGAUUUGAAGGACCAACUGAGGACUAUGCGUCAACGAGCGGGCUCAUCUGAAACUGUCAGCCGAGAGAUCGAUGACCUGAAGGAAGAACUAAAGAUAUCGCGACAACGAGCCGAGUCAGCUCAAACCGCCAUCUCUACUUUAGAACAAGAAGCUAAGCAGUCGACGGAGUCCAUGACACGGAUGAAGUGGCAGCUUUCAGACGCGAACUCUCAACUUGACAAAGUGUCGAAGGAGAAACAAUCUCUCCAAGACCAGGUAGCCAAAAUUAACGCCGAGUUGCAUACUGUAAACACUUCCCUGGCCGAAGUCAAAGCAGAGCGCGACGAACUUGAUGGCGAAAUACGUCGGACGAAGCUCUACGACAAUGAGACCCUUCGUGUUGACCAGGAAAGACUCGACCUCCGUACGGCCAAGCUCAAGCUUGACAAUGAAGUGCGGCGUCUAAAGGAUGAGAACAAGGCUCUGAUUGAGCAGCGAGAUAUGAUUGAGAAGAAUCUAGAGGACGAAAUCGAGAAAGCCGCUGAGGAGGAGGAGCGUCUAGGUCAGGAAAUUCUUCAAUUACAGACCAAACUACGAACAUCAUCGUCGACAGACAAUCAUGAUCUUGCUGCUGCUCGUCGCACCAUUCGUGACCUUGAGCGUCGUGUCGAGGAUUACGAAGCUCAACUCAACAAUACCCGUCAGCUACCAAACAACUUCGAGGGUAACAGCGAGCUGUCUUUGAUCCGUAAGGAUCUCUCUGCAGCUCGUCAAAAGGAGCUGGAAUUCCUUCAAAAAGAUACUACAAACCGCGACGUGGUCAAGGGUCUGAAGCGACAGAUUGCCGAUCUGGAGCGCCAAGUGCACGAGACCAAAGUUUCUCGUUUGAUCGCGUCUCCCAAGUCUUCCACCACUGAUUCAGGUCGCAAGACUGAGGUCACUGAGCUCAGGGGCCAGCUUUCCGCAGCGCAAAAGUCGAUCCACGAUCUCAAAUCCAAAAACAGAGAAGCCGAGCGCAAAGCUAUGCAAGUGUCGCAAGACUUCCAACGCCAGCUAGAUGACCUCGAGGAUCAAAAGAUAGUACUUGAAGAGGUUCUUGAGGAAGCCAGACAACAAGCCGAGGAGACGGCAACCCAACACGAACGCGCACUUCGUCGAAUGAAGCACCAGCUUGACAAGGCAGAACGCGAACGUAACACCCUGGCAACGCUACAACCCAACAUCAGCAAGCAUGACCGGCAGCUGAGAAAGAACCAGGCCGAGAUGGAGAACCUUGAGCACGAUGUUCUACAGCAACAAGAAAUUAUUGACAACCUUGCCGCCUCUGAAGCUUCUCUCCGACGCAAGCUAGAGCGAGCUCGCAAUGAGCGGGCAGCGUUCCGCAUGAGCGCCGAGAAGUUGCAAAAGGAUCUUGAGCAUGUCAAGGCUGCAGCAGUCGCCGCUAGAGCCGGGACUCCAGAUCGACGAAGCGCAGUAGAUCGCAAGGCUCUUGAUUUAACUAUUGAAGGAGCUGAUCAGGCUCUUGAGACUGUCAUUCGCGCAGCUGAAAGCGCCGACGAGCGUCACAGGAAGGAGUUGCGGGGCAUGUUGAUGCAGAUGGAGUGGAUGCAGGCUCGAUUCAAGCGCGAAGCCUCUCUUCGAGCUGAUGCCGCAUAUGCAAAGAAGUUCCUACAGCUGCAGCUUGACGUCGCCAAUGCAUGCAACAAGGCUCAACUCCGUGAGCUCGAGGAUAUUCGCACAAACCUCCUUGGUAACAAGAAAGCCCUCGCUCUGCCUGGUCAUGCGACACUCAGCAACUCAUCCACGACGAAGCCCACGCUUAAGACCUUCCUCGUCAUGGCACGUUUCAUUGCUCGUGUUCGCUUGUCGGCUAACAACUGGGCCAAACAAGAGGUUGUUCGUCGCAAGCUCGUGAGCGCAACUGAAGAACAGCGCAAGGUGAAGCGAUCGAGGCAACUUAAAGUGGUCAAGGCCGAAGCAUAA